GGACGCUUCCGCGCGUGGCGCCGGGCAGGUAAUUGCUGCCAUGGAAACACAACUGUCUAAUGGACCAACUUGUAAUAACACAGCCCAUGGUUCAGCCACCAUAAACAAUUGCUCAUCACCAGUUGAUUCUGGGAACACAGAAGACAGCAAGACCAAUUUAAUAGUCAACUACCUUCCACAAAACAUGACGCAAGAGGAACUGAAGAGUCUUUUUGGCAGCAUUGGGGAGAUAGAAUCUUGCAAGCUCGUCAGGGACAAAAUAACAGGACAGAGCUUGGGUUAUGGUUUUGUGAACUACGUUGACCCCAAGGAUGCUGAGAAAGCUAUCAAUACUCUGAAUGGAUUGAGACUUCAAACUAAGACUAUAAAGGUUUCUUAUGCACGACCGAGUUCAGCUUCUAUCAGAGAUGCAAAUUUGUAUGUUAGUGGACUUCCAAAAACAAUGACCCAGAAAGAACUGGAACAGCUCUUUUCCCAAUAUGGACGCAUUAUUACUUCUCGUAUUCUGGUUGAUCAAGUCACUGGGGUGUCACGGGGCGUGGGGUUUAUCCGGUUUGACAAGAGAAUUGAAGCAGAAGAAGCUAUCAAGGGCUUGAAUGGCCAGAAACCUCCAGGUGCCACAGAGCCCAUCACUGUAAAGUUUGCUAACAAUCCAAGCCAAAAAACCAAUCAGGCCAUUCUUUCCCAGCUGUACCAUUCUCCAAACAGAAGGUAUCCCGCCCCUCUAGCUCAGCAGGCUCAACGUUUUAGGCUGGACAAUCUGCUCAACAUAGCUUAUGGAGUAAAGAGUAGGUUUCCUCCAAUGACCAUUGAUGGAAUGACCAGUUUGGCCGGAAUUAAUAUCCCUGGACAUGCAGGAACUGGGUGGUGCAUUUUUGUCUACAACUUGGCCCCUGAUGCUGAUGAGAGUAUCCUCUGGCAAAUGUUUGGACCCUUCGGAGCAGUGACCAAUGUGAAGGUCAUCCGUGACUUUAACACCAACAAGUGCAAAGGUUUUGGAUUUGUGACUAUGACAAACUACGACGAGGCAGCUAUGGCAAUAGCCAGCCUGAACGGAUACCGCCUUGGUGACAGAGUAUUGCAGGUCUCCUUCAAAACAAACAAAACGCACAAAGCCUAACAAGUUAUUCUCAGUGCAUUAAUACAUGAAAACUAUACAACAAAGGCAAUUUACAAGAAGCUUUAUGCAUUAGUAAAUGCCUUUGUUGUAUGCCAGUGUGGAAAUGGGGAUAAAAUGACUACUUAGCAUCCUAAGAAUAUGUGAGAUUUUUUUAUUGCUAAUAUUUGAAUUAGAACUUCUUAACUAUCUUUUGUGUUUGAGUAUUGACAAGAGGUACAGGGUUUUUACCUGUCACA